UCAACCGAGCGCUACUCUAUACUCCAGUCCGGUAGGUGGCGGAAUUGCACCGCCAUCCGCAAUAAAAAUAACAAGGAGAAGAAGCCGCCGGAAACACGUGCGUGUCGAGGAAAGGAUCCUGCGUGAUGUAUAAAUACUGAGUCGGUUUUGUGUCCGUAAAUAAAGCGUCGCCAUGUCGUUGAAGAAAGAGCCGGGCGCCGACGAGCGCUUCGCCCGCGUCAAAAAAGACCCGCGCUUCUGGGAGAUGCCGGACGUGGAGCAGAAAGUGCGCAUCGACAAGCGCUUCCAGUCCAUGUUCCACGACGAGCGCUUCAAGCUGAAGUACACGGUGGACAAACGCGGCCGUCCCGUCAACCACACGUCCACCGAGGACCUGAAACGCUUCUACAAACUGUCCGACUCGGAGCAGAGCGACGCCGAGUCUGACGCCGACGCCGACGCCGCACAGGAGGAGCAGAAGAAGAAGAAGAAGAAGACAAAGAAAGCAAAAGCAAAGGAGGAUGAGCUUCAGGAUGAAAAGGGGGAGGAGCCUGUGUCUGAAAAAGCUGUAAAGAAAAAGGCGUUAAAAUCCAACGAGUGUGAGAAGAUCAGGAAAUCAGAGCCGGUUAAAGGAGUGCGAGUCGUCGAAGAAGGAGAUGAUGAUGAUGAUGAUGAUGAAGAUGAAGAAUAUAGUGACACUGACAAAGGAGUAGGUUUCUCCGCUGAUGAUGAUGAUGAUGAUGAUGAUGAUGGGGAGGAAGAUGAAGAUGAGAGUGAGUCGGAGGACGACAGUGACAGCGGUCCUGAUCUGGCCCGAGGGAAAGGCAACAUCGAGACGAGCUCUGAGGAAGAGGAUGAGGUGGAGGACAUCCUGCAUCAUGAGGAAGAGGAGAUUGAACACGACUGGGGGGAGAUGUGGAAGGACGCUCCACGCACUGAGCAGGUCAGUUGCAGGUUAGCAGUGUGUAACAUGAACUGGGACCGGCUCAAAGCUAAAGACCUGCUGGCUCUGUUCAGCUCCUUCAAACCUAAAGGAGGAGCGGUGCUGUCCGUCACGAUCUACCCCUCAGAGUUUGGUAAGGAGAGGCUGAAGGCGGAGCAGACUCAGGGCCCUCUGGAGCUCACCAGCCUCCCAGACGACCCAGACGCAGACACUGAGGAUCAGAGGAUCUAUAGGGAGAAGGUGCGAGAUUAUCAAUUUAAGCGUCUGCGUUACUACUAUGCCGUGGUGGAGUGCGACUCGCCCGAAACGGCCGCCAAAAUCUACGAGGAGUGCGACGGCUUCGAGUACGAGAGCAGCUGCUCGACGCUGGACCUGCGGUUCAUCCCCGACAGCAUGACGUUUGAAGACGAAGCGAAAGACAGAGCGACGGACGUGGAUUUGUCCACCUACAAACCCAAACUGUUCACCUCCACCGCCACCACUACAGCUAAGGUGGAGUUAACGUGGGACGAGACGGAUCACGAUCGCAUCACCACCCUCAGUAAGAAUUUCAACAAGGACGAGCUGCUAAACAUGGACUUCCAGGCCUACCUCGCGUCCUCCAGUGAAGAUGAGGAGGACGAGGUCGAGGCAGAAGAGACGAAGCCGGCGGAGCGAGCGACGGAGGAGGACGAGAAGAAAGGAGGGAAGAAGGGCAAGAAGGAGGAAGAGCAGAUCGCUAAAUACCGCCAGCUCCUGCAGAGCAUCCAGGAUAAAGACAGGAAGGAGAAGGACAAGGACAUGGAGAUGGAGAUCACGUGGGUGCCAGGGUUAAAGGAGAGCGCUGAGAAACUGGUGAAGAAGAAGAUGGAGGGAAAAGACAACCUGACUCCGUGGGAGGAGUUUCUGGAGAAGAAGAAGGAGAAGAAGAAAGAGAAGAGGAAAGGAAAGAAGGAAGCCGAGGUCCAGGACGAGACCGCGAUCAGCGACGACGAACUUCCUCCUGACGUCGACCUCGACGACCCCUUCUUCUCUGAAGAGCUGGGAGGUGCUACUGGGACGGCCCAGAAAGUCAAGAAAUCGAAGAAGAGCAAAAAGGGGGAGGAGCAACUAACGGCAGAGGAGGAGGCGGAGCUAGAGAAACGGAAGGCCGAAAUAGCGCUCCUGAUGGACGAUGACGACGAGAAGCACCGGCAUUUUAAUUACGAUCAGAUCGUUGAGCAGCAGAACCUGAGUAAGAAGAAGAAGAAGAAGCUCCUGAAGAACAACACGCUGCUGGAGGAGGACAACUUCAAGGUGGACUUGCAGGACCCGCGUUUCCAGGCCAUGUUCACGUCCCACCUGUACAACCUGGACCCCUCAGACCCGGCCUACAAGAAGACCAGAGGUACUCAGAGCAUCCUGGAGGAGAAGCAGAGACGGCGGGAGGAGCAGCAGCGCGGCCAGCAGGAGGCGCUCCAGAGUCAGAACCCCAGCAGGAAAACAGAGGAGAAAGAGAGCACAGACGGUGCGGAGACGAGAGACCCGACAGCACCCGUGGCCCCGAGUAAAGCCCCGGACCCGAGUCUGUCUCUGCUCAUCAAGUCUGUGAAGAACAAGACCGAGCAAUUUCACGCCCGCAAGAAACAGAGGACAAAAUAGAACAUUGUUCGACUUGGUUUUAUUGUGCGUGUGCGAGUGCGAACUCAUUUAAUACAAUUUGUGAUAUACAGACUUUCCGUACAGGUUUCUCAACUCGUAAUGAGACAUUAAAGUCAUCCGAGAUCUGAAACA